CCGCGGGAGCUAUGUUUCCAGUGCCUGGGACCACGGGACCUAGUUUCCAGUGCCUUGUUUUUGUGCUUGUUUUGGUGUGUGCUAUAUAUUUAUCAUCUGUUAGAUUGCGUGUGCGGGUAUAUUUAAAUAUACAAAUAGAGAGAGAGAGAGAGAGAGAGAGAGAGAGAGAGAGAGAGAGAGAGAGAGAGAGAGAGAGAGAGAGAGAGAGAGAGAGAGAGGCGCGAUGGACGUUCGCACGCAAUCAGGGCAGGUUCAUGAUGUGUCCUGCCUCCUCCAGCUCAUGUGUUCAUUCAAUCGACUGGUUGGCUGUCAGCGUAUUGGAGCCAUGGGAUCUUUUGUCGUCCUAUUUCUGCUGCUGACGGGGACGAGUCCCGGUGUUCACGCGGUCAACACCGAGGGAAAUUUGGUCCAUGACGCGAUACCUCCUCCUCCUCCUUUUAUUACUCAAGCUGCUGAGGUGGAGCCUGGACGCGGCCUCCUCUCAUCGCCAUCCAGAUCGCAUGUGUUGGUCGAGACUGUGGCUAAGUCGGCAUCUCCAUCAUCGGGGUCCGCAACUUCGUCGGCUUCUCCGCCUAAGCCUGCGGCGGAUUCGGCGGCUGCAUCAUCUUGGCCUGCGCAGGCUUCGUCGGCUGCUCCGUCUUCGCCUGCGGAGGCUUCCGCGUCUGCUCCGCCUUCGUCUGCGGCGGCCCCGUCCGACUCCGCAGAGUCAGAGGCGGCUCCGCCGCCGGCUGGAAUGAUUCCGCGCAACAAAACCUUGUUUCCGUCAAGCAGACUGGUUUGGUUUCGCCCUACCCUCCCUCCGUUCCUCCAAUCAGGGUGCCUCCCUUUUGUCUCUGAGUUGGCGGUUGAUCCACAAAGCACUUCUGAAUCGUUGUACGUCUAUCUGUGGGAGGUCUGCUUCGUCGAGAACCAGCUCUCUCAUCAGCGCAUGUCCUUCUGGAAAUCGGAUCUCGCUCAAGCGACUAGCGGGUAUGCUCCUCAGGGGGAGUUACUCAGCUACUGGUGGCCUUUCGCCUCAGUCAGCGGUUCCGCUGUCAGCACACCGUUCAUCCAGUUCGUUGGGCCAAACGACACCGUGUCGAUGGCCGACGUGUGCGCGAUGGGUAUCACGCGAUUGGGCGACAGCCUAAUCCUCCUAGCCAACCCCACUUUGAAGGAGGAAGUGUACUCGAAGAUUUUCGCCUUGUCCACACAAAAUGGGAGUAGAAUAUCUACUUCCCUCACCGCAAGCUACGUGACCACUCUGACGUUCAAUCGGAACAAGACGCGUCUGUACGCAGCUCAAGGAACGACAACCGCUUCCAUCAUAACCGUUCCUGUGCAGGAAGGGACAGGAAUGCCGACGGAGGGCGCGGAAUGGACUGAGGUAAGGAGAUUCCCUCCACAGGGGAAUCCCGAUAUCAAGGAAGUCUUGAUCUUCCAAGAGACGGUGUCCUCAGACGAGCGCUGCCUUUAUUUCAUAGACUCGCAGAAACUUCGUGUCUGGGGAAUCGAUCCUCGUACCUCUGGAACUGCGGAGCCCGUGCUCAUCGCGGGCUCGGGCUCGAGAGGACUGCUCGAUGGGGAUGGUCUCAACUGCUCCUUCAACAACUUGACAAACAUGGCCAUGACUCCCGACGGUUGCAACAUCUUCGUUGUGGACGUCUUCUACGGCUUGCUUCGCUGGCUGCAGCUCGACUCGCCCUGCUCCACGGCUCGCACGGUGGUGACCAUGGAUUCGUACCCAAACAUUUGGAUCGUCCGGCUGGUUCAGUCGGGCAGCGACUACUACCUGUACGUCGGGUCGAGAUCUGGCUCGGUGACUGAGCUGAAACUCAAUGCCUCUCUGCUGCACCCUUGUGGCUCUGCGCCGCCGUCGCUAGAAGGGAUCUCGCCGCCUUCUUCGUCGUCUAAUGCCCCGAGCGCCCCGCUCCCGCCUGCCUCGACCUUUCCCACUUCUGACUCCUCUCCCACUCCCGCUUCCCGGACUCCUAUUGAGACUUCCGUAGCUCCAACGAAGCCAGGGGGAGCUCGCAAUCUAGCUUUCAUGGUUUCUCUCCCGCUCUCUAUUCUCGCAGUCCUUGGCGUGGCCGGUUGCGCAGGCUUCCUCAUAUUACACCGAAAGAGACGGCUCGGUGGUCUUAAAGAGGCUCAGCUGACGAGCGACUUGAGGACGAACCCCAGCGGGCACACGAUUCCAACGACUGGUUCGUGGUCGGGGAACGAUGAGCGGGGGCGACGACAGAGAGAGGAGGGGCUUCAUCCCGUGCAGGUGAGGCAGUUCUCACUUGCAGCUCUGUCCCAUUGCACUGAGAACUUCAGCGAGAGCUACCGUAUCGGACCCGGUGGGGCGUUUGGUAAUGUCUACUGGGGUUCGAUGGAUGACGGGAAGSCGUUGGCCAUCAAGGUGAUGACCGGCGAUCUGACAGAGGGGAAAAGGAGCAUGUUUCUUGCGGAAGUCAACACGCUGAGCAGAGUCCAUCAUGGCAACCUCAUCCGACUCGUCGGAUUCUGCCACGAGGGCGAUCGGUCCAUCUUAGUCUACCCCUACUUUCCAGGGGGGAGCUUGUUCGCUCGUCUGCACGAGCGAGAGAAGGCCGUGCCGGGGAAUGCUUCGAUACCGCCGCUGACGCUCGUGGAGCGGAUGUGCAUCGCCUUGCAGAUCGCCAAGGGCAUCGCCUACCUUCACGACGGCGCCGACCCGCCAGUCAUCCAUCGGGACAUAAAGAGCAGCAACGUGCUGCUUGGCGAUGGCUCCGGGGAGAGGCUGCACGUCGUGGUGGCGGACUUCGGCCUGGCGACUAUGGACGAGAAAGUGUUCGGCACGGAGCGUGAUUCGGUGGUCAGGACCUUGCACAUGGCGGGGACGUUCGGGUACAUGUCCCCGGAGUACAUGAUCGGAGGGAUUCUCUCGGAGAAGAACGACGUGUACGCCUUUGGGGUUAUCCUGCUGGAACUCCUGACGGGCCGGAAGGCGGUGUCGAAGGCAUCCUCUGGAGUGGGAUGGGAGACGCUAGUGGACUGGGCUGAGCCAUUUCUUGAAGAAUUACGUGUCGUCGGUGAUGGGAUGGCGUACCAAAUUCUGGAGCCUUGCCUGCGUGAUCAGGCGGCGGUAUUCCGACUCAGCCGUUUGGUUACCGAAACGCUUCUUUUGGGGAGCGAGUGCGUUCGGAAGAACGAUCAAUCCAGGCCAACGAUGUCCAGAUUGGUGGAGAAGAUAGGCAAUCAGCUGAGUGAAGCGCAGAUCAACGUCAGGCAAGUGAAUCGCUGACCGCUUUCCUUAAUGGAGACGGGAGGAGAGUCAUUAAUGACGGUAAGGAGAGAUCUCAUCGCCAUGAAGCUAAUGCCCGGCGAAGAAGAGAAGUGAUCCCAGAACGCGCGAACGAGUAGUGGCGGGAAGGAAAGGAGUCUCAGAGUAAACCUGCUGAAUGAAG